AUGUCGUCGUCUUCAACUGGAGGUUUCACAGCAAGCAUUCCCAUUCUUAAUGGCAAGAAUUGGAACAAUUGGAGUGUCAAGAUGAAGGCUGUGAUGGGGUUCCAAGAUGUUCUGGAGAUCGUGGAGCAAGGGUUACCGGAACUGGCAGAAGGAGCAACAGAGGCUGCAAGAACGCAGCACAAGGAGAGCAAGAAGAAAGACUUCAAAGCCCUCUGUCUGUUGCAUCAAGGGGUUGAUGAACCUCAUUUUGAGAUGAUUUCAAAUGUGAAAUCCUCAAAGGAAGCCUGGCAGAUUCUGGAAAAAUGCAAUGAGGGACAUGAGCAAUUGAAGAAGGUAAAGCUUCAAACUCUUAGAAGACAGUAUGAAUUGAUGCAAAUGGAGCCUACUGAGAAGGUUACCCAGUAUUUCAAUCGUAUUAUUCGCCACAAGAAUGAUAUGAAGGUGUGUGGCAAGACAAUUUCUAAUAAAUCUUUGGUGGAGAAGAUUCUGAGAACUUUAACACCAAGAUUUGAUCAUAUUGUCGUUGCUAUGGAGGAAUCAAGAAAUCUUGAGACCCUGAAAGUGGAAGAACUUCAAGGUUCACUUGAAGCUCAUGAGCAAAGGCUCUUAGAGAGGUCUACUGAGAAGUCUGCAGAUCAGGCUUUACAAGCCCAAACCUCCAAGAAGAAUAGCUAUAAAGGAAAGAGCAGCUAUAAAGGAAAAGGAAAAUCCAAAGAUUUCUCUAAGGGUAAUGGAUCUAGAAGCAACCAAAACAACACUGAUGGUGACAAGAAUGAGCAAGAUCAGAAUGACAAUGGUGCUAGAAGAGGUGGCAGUAAUAACUGGCGUGGAGGAAGGAAGAAGGUUGAUAGAAAGAAAGUCAAAUGCUACAACUGCAACAGAAUGGGCCAUUUCUCCUUUGAAUGUAAAGCACCACCUCACCAAAGAGAUUAA